AUGCUUGGCUCAUCUCGUCUCAAGGAACUCUCAAUUUAUAAGCAGCCGGGUCUUGGGUUGGAUCUUGCCGAUUGUGUAGAGCGUAUUUUGACUGUCACUCCGAACCCAAGUCUUCCAGAGAGACUUCAAGUCACUGUUGAAGAAAUUGACGAAGCCUUGCAUUCCAUUGCAGCCCAGGUAAGAUGGAGCUCGCCAUCUAUACGAGUUCCAGAGGCAACCAUUGCCAAACCGCCCGCUCGGAGUGGCUUGGAAGCUGCCUACAGACGACUGACUGCGAGAGAAGCGAAAUGGUUUACACGACUGGUUCUCAAAGACUUUCAACCACUGGUAUUUGAUGCACAUGAAGUUUAUCGCUUGUGCGAUCCUCUGCUGCCAUCAAUUUUGAAAAUCCGUGAAGAUUUUACAAUUGCCAUCAAAACCAUGCAGCAGUUGAGGAGAGAUAUGCGCUCUCUACACCCUGAUGAAUUAUACAUUGAGCGGAAGCGACUGUCAUCAAUCAAACCACAACUUAUGUGCAAGGGUGGUGUAAUGAGCGUCGAAGCAAAGGUGGAUGGAGAGUACUGCCAGAUCCACGUUGAUGUUAGCAAGGGUAGACGCGGUAUCCAAAUCUUUUCCAAGAGUGGAAAAGACAGCACCGAAGACAGAGAGCGAUUAAUCGGGAUCAUCAUUGAUUCAUUGGGAAUAGGAAAGGCUGGAUGCGAUAUCAAAACCGAAUGCAUAUUGGAAGGAGAAUUGGCUGUUUACAGCGAAUCGCAAAAGAAAAUCCUACCCUUUCAUCAUAUUCGAAAACACGUUGCCCGUCGCGGUCGAUUCAUGAAUACAGGCCAGGACUCACCGCAAAUUAUCAACACUAGCCAUCCCAUGGCAGUUUCAGCGCUGCGAAAUGCUUUCGCCAAAGUUAUUACAGACAGGGGCGAGGGGUUGGUAUUAAAAUCAGACCAGCCUUAUUUCAACUUUGAGAGUGAUGGAACACCGUUUACAAAUCACUGUAUUAAGCUCAAGAAGGACUACAUCGGCCGCUUUGGAGAGGUUGGCGAUCUCGCUGUGGUUGGUGCUGGAUUCAACGCCGCCAAAGCGAGGUCGUACAAUAUUGAGAACCUCAAGUGGACUCAUUUCUAUGUGGGCUGCAUUGACAACAGAGAGGAAGUAAAGCGAUGGAAUGCCAAGCCAGAGUUUACUGUCGUCAACGUUGUUGAGCUUAGUGAGGCCAUGCUCAAGACAUUUGCAUUGUACACGAACCCAAAGCCGGUACCAGUUAGAGAAAACGUUGAAACUAAACUGAAGGCUGCCGCUGGGGCUCAGCCCACGCCGAUGACUGUGGCAUUUACGAAUCCUCCCGUUUUUGACAUGAGAUGCUUCAGCUUUGACAAAGCAGGCGACACAAAUUGGUGGAGUUUACGGUUCCCGUCCGUUGCAAAAAUUCAUUUCGAUCGAGAUUUCUCUGAUGUGCUCUCAUUUACUGAGCUACAAGAAAUCGCAGAGCGCGCCACAUCAGCACCUGACUUGGAAGAUAGUCAGGAUAAUCUUGCAUGGAUAGCAAAACUAGAGCAAGCCGAUCCAAGAGGAGUGGCUGUUGACGCCGCUACGCAGUUGACAGCAACAACGAUGCCAACCCCAUCGCCGAGACGAGCCUCUCAUAAUUCCUCAGAAUCUCUGCCUCUGGUCAGACACGUUACUAGAAACUCUCUAGAACGAUCCCUUGAAUUGCUGGGUGCCCCGGUAUCCGAGUCCCACAGACUUGCCGCAUCACAGCCAUCCCCCACAGCACAUCUAUCGAAAACAAUCCCCAGCCUUGGUCAUGAAAGGAAACGCAUUACCUUUGCAUCAGCCUUGUUUUCUCCACCAAAGAAACGCUGCCAGCUCUCUAGAGAUGAGGAGUUUGAAUCAACAUUUCUAGAUCGCAAACCCGUAUCCGAAUCCCCAAUACGACGUCCAUUGGGAGAGAUAGAUGGCAACUCUACGCAGAAGCCCCAGAAAUCAGAGUGCCCUUCGGCUGCUUGCCAACCUGACAAUGAAGAUUUGAACGCCUCCCCUCACCCCAAGCAGCCUCAGGUGAAAGAGACGGAUACUAGCAUGCAGAAAGAUGCUGCAUUUCAACCGGCGGGGCUGUCAUCUUCUCUUUUGCCAUUAAAUGAUAGUGCCAUCGUCAUACCAGAUAGCGAAGAUGAGGAUGAGACUGACAGUGAUGCCGCUACCCAACCACUAAACCCAGUCCGAAGUAACGAUGAGCAACACAGUCGCGAUGUUGGACUGGAACGGAGACUUUCGGGGGCAAGGCCUGAAGAAACCGAAGCCAUUUGUCAAUAUGCCGGUCUUGAUUGCCAGCUAGUUAAUCGACUUGUUCUGCUACCGUCCUACUUUCACAACCCCGAUGGGGCCGAACCGUUGCUCCGAAAACACGGACUAUCAAACAUCAUCCGAGAUGUCGAAGCCUGGAUCAGAAACGAUACAACCGAUACUUCUCAGCUGCCAGACAGCCAGACAGGUCGUAACAAGAUUCUGUUUGUUGAUACGGUAGAGAGGGAGCAAGAGACAAAGGCCCUGCUGUCUAAACUGGAGAGCAUCCGUGAAAAUAUCCCAGAGGAGAGACGCGAAUGGAUAAGCGUCUUUGAUUGGAGGGUGCUGAACCAUCUCGCCAUUUAUGAAGACGCGAAGACUACGAAGAAAUAUUACGAUGGAUUUCAUGAUCCGUGGCGGCGUUGGUAUUCAGGGUUGAUUUGA